AUGCCGACCACCACUGCGGAAACCCUCUCGCUGGUUACGAGAAACGUCUCUGUCGCUCCGCUCGUCCUCCUCUCCGCAGUUGACCACUACAACCGAACAGUACACAACAAGACAAAGAGGCGGGUGGUUGGAGUUCUCCUCGGCCAGAACGAUGGAAAGAACGUGAGGGUGUCGAACAGCUUUGCAGUCCCUUUCGAGGAGGAUGAAAAGGACCCUUCAGUAUGGUUCCUGGACCACAACUAUGUCGAGUCUAUGAACGACAUGUUCAAGAAAGUAAAUGCGCGCGAGAAGCUGGUGGGGUGGUACCACACUGGACCAAAGCUCCGUGCCUCUGAUCUCGAGAUCAACGAGCUGUUCAAGCGCUACACACCUAAUCCUCUACUGGUCAUUAUUGAUGUCCAGCCAAAGGAAUCGGGUGUCCCUACCGACGCGUACUUUGCGGUCGAGGAAAUCAAGGAUGAUGGAACGACGACUGCUCGAACUUUUGUCCACACACCGUCGAUUAUCGAGGCCGAGGAAGCGGAGGAGAUUGGUGUUGAGCACUUGCUAAGGGAUAUUCGUGACGUUGCUGUUGGCACUCUGUCCACGCGCGUCACUAACCAGCUCCAGUCUCUUCAAGGACUGCACCUUCGGUUACGAGACAUUGGUGCCUAUCUCCAGAAGGUCCUUGAUGGACAGCUCCCCGUCAACCAUGCGAUCCUUGGCAACCUACAAGACGUUUUCAACCUUCUCCCCAACCUCUCUACACCCGACGAUGACAGCAAAGUGGGAAGCCACGAACUAUCACACGCCAUGAGCAUCAAGACCAACGACCAGCUGAUGGCCAUCUACCUGAGCAGCUUGAUACGCGCUAUUACUGCAUUCCAUGAUUUAAUAGAGAACAAGAUCCAGAACCGACAGCAGCAAGACGAGAAGGAACCCAAGAAGGAUGAGGCCGCUAAUAAGGAUGAGAAGAAGGACGGCGCUGCCACCACCGCAAACGGAGAGGGCAAGGAGAGCAGCGACAAGGAGAAGCCCAAAAAGAAAUAA